CUCCAUCCUUUUGCAGCAGCAGCAACAGCAGGGGCUUCCAGAGGUGCAGCAUUUGAUGCAAUAUAUGACAGUGUCAAAAUGAAGAAAAGCUCCUUUUACUUCAAUCAGUUUAAAGAUAUGCAAGCGAGAAAACUCAGGCGUGAAAAUUUGAAACUUGAGAGAGAAUUAGGCCAUGGAAACUUUGGCUCAGUUCUUAAGGGAGAGUACACGAAGUCAAAUGGGGAACAAAUUCCAGUGGCUGUGAAGAAACUGAAAUCUGAAGAAAUGAAUAAUCCACAUUCGGAAAUUAUGCAUGAAGCCGAAGUCAUGAUGAAGUUGGAUCACCCAAAUAUUGUUAGGAUAAUAGGUAUUUGUAAAGACACAACAGUUAUGCUAGUGAUGGAAUUGGCUCCUGAAGGACCACUUCACAAAUACCUCAAAAAACACAAGUCUUUGCCGAUGUUCAAAAUUUUCGUCAUAAUGUUGCAAGUUGCCGAGGGAAUGCAGUAUCUUGAAAACAUGCAGUUUGUGCACAGAGACCUUGCGGCUAGAAAUAUACUAGUUGUUAAUGAGGACUUCGUCAAGAUCAGUGACUUUGGAAUGUCUCGUGCAAUGGGAGCGGGAAGUGACUAUUAUAAGGCUGGUAAGCCGGGAAAAUGGCCUCUUAAGUGGUAUGCUCCAGAGUGCAUUUACUACCGGAAGUUUAGCAGCAAAAGUGAUGUUUGGAGUUACGGGGUCACGCUUUGGGAGGCCACAUCGUAUGGCAAGAAACCAUACGAGGGACUCAAUGGACAGGUAAUUUUGGAGAAGAUAGAAGCUGGCUAUAGACUACAGUGUCCUGAAAAUGUGCCACCAAACGUGUACGAAGUGAUGAGAAGUUGUUGGGAAUACAGAGAGGAAAAAAGGCCAACGUUCCAGUUCCUGGCUCAACAGCUCGCCGACGCCUUGAUGGAAUUGAAGAGCACGGAAGAAUAUCAAAAACAGUACCUGGUGUGAUGAACCUUGCUGAAUUUGAAUUCCAACUGUUUUCUUAAAAUUGUGUUUUACGGCAGUACAGAUAGAUUAGUAAUGACCACUAUGAUUAAAAUGAAAUUGUAGUCUUCUAUUCGUUCGCGUGAUGCUAGGACACAUCGCCUCACGUUAUUUUGAGUCACGACGUCCUUUGCUAGAAAAUUUAAUGUGCAGUCAUUUCAAGUCUUGUCGUGUCAUGUCUUAGAACACGUCAUGUUCUGUCUAGUGGUGUUAAAUUUUUUUAGUGAGUCAGUUAUGGUCGCGGCGGUAGAUGCGCCACCUUGCAUAUUUUGUGUGUUAUUACCGCUCGGUCGGGUUCCUCCUCUGAGUUUUCAGUUGAUUUUGCUUGAUUGCGACAACACUUUCUUUUUAAGCAGAUUCUGAUCCAUCUUGGUUUCGUAUAGGUACAUAUUACUUGUAGCUAGAAAGGAAUAUAUUUACAUCAACAAUUGAUUGCCGUCUAGAGUAUUUCUCCGGCAAAAAUCUGUUUACCAGUAUUGUGCUCCGUUAAGAGAACUUAGCCUUUUCACUACCCAGAGACAAUACUAGGAAACCUUUUUAUUGCUAUAACCCGUCUACUUACAAUGUAUUCAUAGAGCAAUUUUCAAUCGAGAGUCAAAAGUAAUCCGGGAUAGCUUUGGUUUUGCUUUACCUCGAUAUGUGAUUGGUGAAGGAAACUUGGUUGCCCAUGUUUUCCCGCGCUCGGAGCAGUUCGUUGGUUGCUUGUGACCUUUUUCCUUUAUUCUGAUUGGCUGUUGUAAACAUUUCGGUUUUGGUCUUACGGCAUUCAGUCAAAAUACACUAAUUUACUUAAUGAUCUCUUUUGAAGGUCAGUUUUGAGAUGAGGUUUGCAGUUACCAUGUUAAAGGUAACCAUGGUAAUGUUUGUAACCAUACGUUGACUCUGUUGCAGAUCUAACGUACAGAGUUUCCCCAUAAACUCAGUUGUCUGUGCAAAUACCUCUAGUACAAUUAUUUGUUAUUUAUGCAGCCUUGUACAAUUAAGUUUUGAACUUUGGGGCUGCAAACUUUUCUUAUUUUAAGGCUUGCAAUUUGUUGUCUUUUUUGUUUUGAAGAAAAGGCAUAGGAUAGCUCUUAGUUAGAUGACACAUUAUCGAUUUAGUAAUGCUGAAUUUUUUUCAGUAGUAUUUUAAAAUUGUUGAGAGCGAGUCAGCCAUAGAUUUGAAGGAAUUUUGCAACGACUGAAAUAUCCAUGUCUGGAACAGCGUUACUAAGAAAUAUAUAAUUUUGCUUGCUUGUGUUUCAGGGAAGCCUGUGACUAUGAUUUGUAUCUUUAUACGACUGCUUGUUAGAUAAAACUUCAUAUACAGGAAUGAAUAUUGUAAAAUUUAAAACAUUCAUACGUUGAUUUUAGGCAAAAACAAUUAAAGAUUGAUUACUUAUAAAG